AUGUCCAUCUUCACACCGAUCAAUCAAAAACGUCUUACCAACGUCUCCGUUGUGCGACUUAAAAAAAAUGGAAACAGGUACGAAAUAGCCUGCUAUCCAAACAAAGUCCAUGCUUGGCGAGAAAAUCUGUAAGUUAUUUUAACAUAUUUUGUCCUAAAGACAGAGAAAAAAACAUAGACGAAGUUCUUCAGACCCAGGAAAUUUUUUCGAAUGUGUCUAAGGGUCAGCUUGCAACCAAGUCGGAUAUCCUUCGAGAUUUUGAUACCGACGAUAUUAAUGUCGUUCUGCAUCAAGUUUGUUGAGCCGCUGGGCCCUUAUUGUUUUUCUAGAUUUUGAGCGACGGCGACAUUCAGUUCACAGGAAAGGAAAGAAAAAUAGAAAACCAAAAUAUGUAUAGGGAUGUUGCCAAGAUAGUUUCGGAAAAGUGUAUAAAUUCUGAAACUAACCGGGCCUUUACCGUCACCAUGAUCGAAAAAAUGAUGAAGGACUGUCACAUAAAUUUGCAACCAAAGAAAAGUGCCAAGCAACAGGUAAGACGUAAUCUUCGUUCACAGUGGAUAGGCUUUAGAAGUUAUCAAACAGCUAAGGGCGGUGGAAGGAUUUAAAAUAGCACCAGCUAUGAUGGAAAUACUGAUAUCUCUGGACCCGAAGCUAGUGGACACCUUAUCACCCAAUGUCCUCAAAUUAGUCCACCAGAUUGUUCGUCAAGAGCGCAACCAGGAGGGGAUUUUCGAGUUGGUCAGUCGUGUUCUUCAUUUCCAUCUCAACUCUGUCGCCAAAAAUCUUUAUCUCCCAUUUCAUUCCUUCAUUCCACCGUUUAGCGCUUUUUUUAUUAUCAAGGGCGUCGUUUAUUGACGGAGUAGAGACAGGUGCGGGUUGACAGAUUCCUCCUCUCGGCUUUGCUGUCAACUACACGCCGUUAAGGGGUCGACUUUCAGUAAAGGCUGGUUGUGGGCCGUGCAGGUUUGUCUCUAGCGGGAAAUGUUCGCCAAAUAACAAUGGCACUCUUACUAGGCUGGGAGGUAUUUAAGUCUCGCAAGCAGACGACCCUACGAAAUCCCAGAGUCCAGUGACAGUAUUGUGAUCUAGCGAGUAUGAGUUGUGAUUAACGAAUCUUUCUUAUCGUCAUCGGCUUGUGGGCUGGGCGUCCGCCCAAGAACUCACUUGAGGAAUAGAAGAUUACAUUGUGCCAAGCCUCAAAUCGUUCAUGAGAUUUGAACUCAUCUGUCAUGAUUACCGUCUCACGUUACGGCACUCGAAUCUGUGCCAGUAAAUUCUGUGGCAAACCAUCGAGUUGACAUUUUUGGGCGGGACGACGCAGCAUAUACUGGAAUUUGCGGAUUUAUUUUGCGCGGACAACGGAGUACCUAACUGUGCGGUCGUUGGCGUAGUACAAUGCAGACGUUUCCCCUCUCUUGGAUGUACCUGCAAGAUCAUGGUUUAUGCGCCAUUUAGGGUCCAGCUGCUUCGAAAUACCCCAAUCUCUAUGAAAACGGUGCCACUGACAACUGGUAUAAAUGGGACUGCGAUUAUUUUCAGUCGUCAAGGCAAACCUUCCCUUCCACCGAGGCUCCCACCUCUGAGUCUUUGAAGUACUGUUGCUUAUACCAGUUAUUGCAGUACACACCUCAACACUGGAUCUCGAGGAUACAGAGAAAGUCGCAUUCUAUGGUAAUUUACGAACCAUAGUUGGGCGUGUUGUAAUGUGCGACUUUGUCGUUGCCGAAGAUUGGAUUAUCAGAGUUGGUGAACACGGUGCCGCAAUAAGGCAAGUGGUCGGUCUUUACUUACUGGGUAACCGUUGAGGUAACGAUGAAGGGGUUAACCGUUUUAUCAUUACAAAUACCAGUUUCCGGCGUUUCACUAGGGUGCUGAGAUUUGGGUCGCAAACAAAACCGAGUACACUCCAUACUUGGAACAUCCCGCUGGGUCAACUUAG